UUAACCACCACGCCACCUGCCGGUCCUUCUCUAGUUCUUUUGACUAGGUAUUUAAUCUCACUCUUGGCACUUCCUUUGGCCUAUCAACAGACUCAGGUUUUUUUUGUUUUGUUUUUAAGCCACAUUUAAUUUUAAAAUGAAACAAGUCCUUGAGUCCUGAACCUCCUUAAAUCACUGCCUUCUCUGACCCUCUCCGUUAGCAGGGAACUCUGCUCUCCCCCUCCACACCACUCUAGCCCUAUGGUCCUUCUGCUCCACUUUCCUGAAACCAUCCUGACACGCACUUUAGUGAGACCCUGCUGCCAAAUCCAGGGCAUAUUCUUUGAUCCCAGUUUUGCCUGACCCCCUUUUUUUAAACACUGAGAGCUGCUCCCCACAUCCUGAAGCUCCCCCUGCUCCCAUCUUGGCCUUCCCCAGGCCUUCUUUCUGCUCCCGCACUGCCUUCUAAACUUUGGGGCCUCUGCCACCCUCACUCCAUGCUGCCAUCCUCCACAUCACCUGUGAAUGUUGAUGAUCCCGGUCUCCCCCAUCCAGUGCCGAAAGGAAGCUGGCACUGGUCUUCCUCAAAGUACCUGUUGUCCUCAAGCAGUCUUUCCUUGUCAUGUCAAGGCUGUCCAGUCCCUCCUGGUGUCCUAGGUCAGGCUCCUUCCUUGUCCCCAUCACCUGACUCCAUCUAUAGGGGGUUUUGCUAGUUCGUUCUCCCCAAACCUUGCCAAGGCCUUCCCACUGAUUUCAAGCCAUUUAGCCUCCAUCCUCCCAGACCCAGCUUGCUCCCUAAAGGGCACCCCAAGAUGGCAACAGAAGUGGGCUGUGCUGAACGUCGUGGGAUCUUUCAGGGUUGAGGUGUGGCAAGCUGUUAUGCUGGGGAGUGGAGACCAAGCAGGAAUUAGGAUGAGGCAAGAGGGGCACCAGGCACAGCAUUUAAGGGGGCAUGCCCUCACUGACUGUGCACUUCCACUGUGUCCUAGGAGCCUCUCCUCACCCUCAUCCUAGUCUGGCAGGUGGGGACAGCCUGGCAAAGGGAGGAGGUGGCAGUGUGCUGCUCUCCACACCUAUGGGGGCAGACCUGAGGGAAUGGAAUGCUACACGGGCAGUGGACCGGCUUGGUGGUGUUCCUGGGUGCCGACUUCAGACAAAAGAACCAGGAGCCUGGGCCUCCCUAAGCACAGAGAAGGAAACUGCAGCCUGGAAUGGCUUUGCUGGCGGCAGGUCCAAAGUCGUGCAGCUGGAUCGGGCCGAGCCCUGACUGCGAGAGCGAGACACAUGGCCCCUGCACACGGGGCCUUGGAGGGUCCUGGGCUUGAGGAGCCUUCGGCCCCCCACCCUCUGGGAGAGUGCUCCCCUGGCUUAGUCAUGGCGAAGCUGGAGACACUACCUGUGCGUGCUGACCCGGGGCGGGAUCCCCUCCUGGCCUUUGCCCCGCGGCCCUCUGAGCUUGGGCCCCCAGACCCCCGCCUGGCCAUGGGCAGUGGAGUGGCCCAUGCCCAGGAAUUUGCCAUGAAGAGCGUGGGCACCCGCACGGGAGGUGGGGGCAGCCAGGGCAGUUUCCCUGGCCCCCGUAGCAGUGGGGCUAGCAGGGAGAGGCCAGGCCGCUACCCCUCAGAGGACAAGGCUCUCGCCAACUCUCUCUACCUCAAUGGCGAGCUGCGGGGCAGUGACCACACGGAUGUCUGUGGCAAUGUGGUGGGCAGCAGUGGCGGCAGCAGCAGCAGUGGUGGCAGUGACAAGGCCCCACCACAGUAUCGUGAGCCCAGCCAUCCACCCAAGCUCCUGGCCACCUCUGGCAAGCUAGACCAGUGCUCGGAGCCGCUAGUUCGGCCAUCGGCCUUCAAGCCUGUCGUACCCAAGAAUUUCCACUCCAUGCAGAACUUGUGUCCCCCACAGACCAACGGGACCCCUGAGGGACGACAGGGCCCUGGCGGCCUUAAGGGUGGACUGGACAAGUCUCGGACCAUGACCCCAGCAGGCGGGAGUGGGGGUGGCCUUUCAGACUCGGGCCGGAACUCGCUCACCAGCCUGCCCACCUACAGCUCCAGCUAUAGCCAGCACCUGGCGCCCCUCAGUGCCUCCACCAGCCACAUCAACCGCAUCGGCACUGCCAGUUAUGGUAGUGGCAGUGGUGGCAGCAGUGGUGGGGGGUCAGGCUACCAGGACCUGGGGACCUCCGACAGUGGGCGGGCCUCCAGCAAGAGUGGGUCAUCGUCAUCCAUGGGGCGGCCAGGCCCCGCGGCGCGCCCCCUGCCGUUUGCGGCCUGCUCACCACCCUCGCCCAGUGCUCUGAUCCAGGAGCUGGAGGAGCGGUUGUGGGAGAAGGAGCAGGAGGUGGCAGCUCUGCGGCGCAGCCUGGAGCAGAGCGAGGCAGCCGUGGCCCAGGUCCUGGAGGAGCGGCAGAAGGCAUGGGAGCGGGAGCUGGCCGAGCUGAGGCAGGGCUGCAGCGGGAAGCUGCAGCAGGUGGCCCGCUGCGCCCAGCGUGCCCAGCAGGGCCUACAGCUGCAGGUGUUGCGGCUGCAGCAGGACAAGAAGCAACUGCAGGAGGAGGCGGCCCGGCUCAUGCGGCAGCGGGAAGAGCUAGAGGACAAGGUGGCCGCCUGCCAGAAGGAGCAGGCCGACUUCCUGCCCCGGAUGGAGGAAACUAAGUGGGAGGUGUGCCAGAAGGCUGGUGAGAUUUCCCUCUUGAAGCAGCAGCUGAAGGACUCGCAGGCCGACGUGUCGCAGAAGUUGAGUGAGAUUGUGGGGCUGCGCUCCCAGCUGCGGGAGGGCCGAGCCUCGCUGCGGGAGAAGGAGGAGCAGCUGCUCAGCCUGAGGGAUUCCUUCGGCAGCAAGCAGGCCAGCCUGGAGCUGGGCGAGGGCGAGCUGCCCGCCGCCUGCCUCACGCCCGCGCCGACCUGGCUGGAGGAGAAGGAGAAGGUCAUUGAGUACCAGAAGCAGCUGCAGCUGAGCUACGUGGAGAUGUACCAGCGCAACCAGCAGCUGGAGGAGCGGCGGCUGCGGGAGCGUGGGGCCGCCGGGGGUGCCAGCACCCCCACCCCACAGCAUGGCGAGGAGAAGAAAGCCUGGACUCCCUCCCGCCUGGAGCGCAUUGAGUCCACAGAAAUCUGAUCUCCCCCAGGGGCGCUUGGCCUUCUGACAAAUGCCCCGGCAGAAGGCCAGAGUCCCCAGGAUCCCCUGCCCUCCAUCUCUUCCCACGUGUAUUCCAUAGAUCCCCAGACCAAAGAGGUUCUCAAAGCAGCUGUGACCAGGCUCCUCCCUGCCCCCUGGGUGCCCUCCUGGCCCCAGCCCUGCCCCUAUGGGUAGCUACUCCUGCCCUCCCUCCAGGGAGGAAAUAGGCAGAGGGUGGAAGAGUGGGGGUAAGGCCCCCUUUCUUAGCACCCCUUCGUUGGAGAUGGAGGCGACAGGCCUGCAGUGCUGUGAAGUGCCCCAGCCACCCUCCUGCGGGUGGUCUGGGCUGCACCUACUGGCCACCCUGUGUCCAGUGGUGCUGUCUGUGCUCUCCUCGGCCGUGGAACCUGAGGGGGCCUGCACCGGGUCUGCCCAGGCUGACAGACCCUGGGCUCCUGGCCUCUCUCCUUUCCUGGGCAGAUUGGCAGGACAAGUGGGAGCAGAUGGCCUGUCUGUGGUUGAGAGGGCUACCUGCCCAGCCCCUCCCCCCCCAAGGUCUCUUGGGCUCAGGCCUCAGAGCCUGGCCUGGUCCUGAGUGUGUGUCCAUAUGUGUGUACUGGGGGAGGGAAGGGCUAGGGCUGGAAGCUCAGCACUCCAGGAAGAUCUGUCCCUCCUGUUCUUGGGAAGGGUUACCUGGAAGCUUCUUGGCUCUACCCUCACCCUCCUGGCCAGGGUCCCGCAGGGCAAUAGUCCCACCUGCUUGGCUGACCCCACACCCAGGGCCACUGUCUGGCUCUUAACUACAGCUAUGAAGUGCUACCUGCCUCUCAGGCACUCCCCUCACCUAGUUUCUGAGGUCAGAUGAGUGUCUGUGAUGUCUUCCUGUGUCUUCCCUCAGUCUAUUCUCCCAGCCUCCUCCUGCUUUCAUGCUCAGAUUAUCAUCUUCCCAGGCUGCCUCUUCCCCAUAGUCUCACCUAUUCUGGUAGAAAAUUCCACUUGACCUUCGGUGCACUGCCCACUUACCAGCACCACUGGCCCGUCUGAGCCCAAGGCCCUUGUGCAGGGGCAGGGGCAGGGGCUUGGGUGGGAUUGUCCUGGAAAAACAAGGCUGAGCUGAGAGGAACAUUGACCCCUCGGUUCCCAGGGCUUGGAGGUGGCCCAA